AUGGACCUGCCAGGACGGGACAGCCCCGUUGACUCCCAAGCUGUCGCCGUUCCCGAUGGCCGCGGAGCAGCGUCUCCCGCGUCCACUCCCGGGCCGGUUCGGUGCCGAGGCCGAAGGUGGGAGCAGCGGGAGCGAAGCCGGGCCCGGUGCCGCGUGUUGGACCGCUGGGAACGGGGCCGGGAUAUUCGCAGUCCCGGCCGAGCUGCUGAUCCGGGAGCGCUCCGGGAGCACCCGACCUUGGAUAUGGACGUCGUCCUGUCGGAUUUUGUUCGCUCAACGGGGGCAGAGCCGGGACUGGCCCGCGACCUGCUCGAAGGGAAAAACUGGGAUCUGAGCCAGAAGCGCCUGUCGCGCGGCAUCUCCCACGCCAGCUCCACCAUCGUCUCCCUGGCCCGUUCGCACGUGUCCAGCAAUGGCAGCAGCGAGCACCUCCUGGAGAUGCCCGUGUGCACCUUCCAGCUGCCCGACCUCACGGUGUACACGGAGGAUUUCCGCAGCUUCAUCGAGCGCGACCUCAUCGAGCAGUCCAUGCUCGUGGCCCUGGAGCAGGCCGGGAUGUGGGGUUUCCACGACAGGGAUCUCAUGCUGCGCAAAUCCCUCUACACCCUCAUGGAUAAAGGUGUGGAAAGGGAAGCCCUGAAGCGGAGGUGGCGCUGGCAACAGACACAGCAGAACAAGGAGUCCGGCCUGGUUUACACAGAAGAGGAGUGGCAGAAAGAGUGGAACGAGCUGAUCAAGCUGGCGUCGAGCGAGCCCCGCGUCCACUACGGCACCAACGGAGGCAACUGCGGAGGGGUGGAAAGCUCCGAAGAGCCGGUGUACGAGAGCCUGGAGGAAUUCCACGUUUUUGUCCUCGCCCACGUGCUGAAGAGACCCAUCGUGGUGGUGGCAGACACGAUGCUGCGCGACUCGGGCGGCGAAGCCUUUGCACCCAUUCCCUUCGGAGGCAUCUAUCUUCCCCUGGAAGUCCCCGCCAACAAAUGCCAUCGCUCUCCAUUGGUUCUGGCCUACGACCAAGCUCAUUUUUCUGCCCUGGUAUCCAUGGAGCAGAAGGAACCCACAAAGGAUCAAGCCGUGAUCCCCCUGACGGACUCGGAGCACAAGCUGCUGCCCGUGCACUUCGCCGUGGACCCCGGCAAGGAGUGGCAGUGGGGCAGAGACGACGGCGACAACGUCAAGCUGGCCAGCGUGACGUUGUCGCUGGAAGCAAAGCUGCACUUGCUGCACAGCUACAUGAAUGUUAAAUGGAUCACCUUGCCUUGUGACACGCAGGCGCCUUUGGCCCAGCCGGAAUCGCCGACGGCUUCGGCUGGCGACGACGCUCGCUCGGCCGCGGAGUCGGGCGAUUCCGACAAGGAAUCCGUGUGCAGCAGCUCGGCCAGCAACGGCGGCGGCCGGGCCUGCAGGGACAAGGAGAAACCAAAGAAGGAGCGGGACAAGGAGAAGGACAAGAAACGGGCCGACUCGGUCGCCAACAAGCUGGGCAGCUUCGGCAAGACGCUGGGCAGCAAGCUCAAGAAGAACAUGGGCGGCCUGAUGCACAGCAAGACCAUGAAGGGCAGCGUGAGCAACGGGGACACCCUGGAGAAGAAGAAGAAGGGCUCGCUGAAGACACGGAAAGGCAGCAGGGAGGAGGAGGCGGCGGCUCCGGCGGAGAAAUCCGGCAAAGCGGCGGCGGAGAAGCCGGCGGAUCCCUACAAAUACAGCAACGACGUGAGGCUGAGCCUGAGCAUCCUGCGGGCGGCCAUGCAGGGCGAGCGCAAGUUCAUCUUCGCCGGCCACCUCAAGACCAGCAACCGGCACCAGUACCAGGAGGAGAUGAUCCAGCGGUACCUGCUGGACGCCGAGGAGCGCUUCCUGGCCGAGCAGAAGCAGAAGGAGGCGGAGAAGAAGGCGCUGGGCAGGAAGGCAGAGCCGGAGGGCGGCGUUCCCAAGGGCGAGGAGGGGGCGCCGAGCCCCGCGUACCCCCCGCCGCCGCCUUCCUACGUCCUGACGGAGCCGCCGCCGGGGGCCAAGACG